UGCGCAGACCUCGGGCUGAAAGGGAAGAAGGAACCGAGGGCCUGCGGCCCGGGGCUGCGGCCCGCCCAGGUAAUGUCCGCGGAGGGGCGGCCGGGCUCGGGCCAAGGCGUCGAGGGCAUCAAGUUGUCAGCAGAGGUCAAACCGUUUGUCCCAAAACAUGCGGCGGAAACUAUGGCACAGUCAGAACCCUCGGCAGCUUGUGUCUUUCCUAGGUACUUAACUACCUGCUACCCAUUUGUUCAGGAACCAUCUGUGGAGAACGUUUUGGGAGAUCCUGCCUUCUGUGAAUACUCCAGCUGCUCUUACUCACCUGAUGUUUCAAAUGUAUAUACAGUACCUGGCUCACAAUGCUGUUCUAACAACUCAAGAUACACUGGUUCAGGAAUAGUCAGUGAAUCUGCUGAGCGAAUGUAUCCAAUCAGACAAGAAAGUAAGAAUCUUUCAAAGCAGAGGAGAUCGAAAGAGAAUGAGAAGAAAUUAGGCAAGAAGAAGCAUGAUGGAGAUGACACCUCUGUCAGAAUUGUGAACAAGACUUCAUUCCAGACCUUCACAUGCAGUAGAGAUUCUCUGAAGUCAGACAGGUUCAAUAAAACUACAAACAAGAAAUCAACUCAAACUCCAAAAGCACAGUCUCUUCCUGUACCUGCAUUAGAAGCUACCAUUCUGGAUUUCCACAAGUCACAGAGUUUGGAAAGCAGUGAAAUACUGAAUAUACAACAUAAAAAUGGACAAAUAUGUUCAGCAGAAAGUAACAUUACGUGCCUUAGCCAUCCACAGAUGUCUCUUUUGUUGAACUCAGAGAAAGAUACUUCUUUGGAAAUCAAAGCUUCAUCUAAAACUUUGGAUGUAACAGCACCCAGCCUAAUUCGUUCUUCAUUUGAUGCUAGAGCAUUUCCUGGACCAUCUGCAGGUGGCUCUUCUCAGCAACAGGUGUCUUGGGCCAUGGUCCUUACACAACCCCCAAAGAAAAUUGUGUCAUCACCAUCGUCUGAAAGUCUUCCCAGAGGCAGAGGGAAGCAGGACAGUCAAACAAAGCAGUCAGAAAUAAAAAAUGAUGCUAGUGGAACGGAGCUUGAAGAAGAGUCAGAAAAGAAGAAAAAAAAAAGGAAAAAGAAGAAAAAACUAAAUUCGCCCACUGAUGUGGAGAAACCUCAAAGUGAAGCUACUGCAACACAGGAACCACCAAGGAUUGAGGAUGCUGAGGAGUUUCCUGAUCUGGCAGCUGCUUCUGAUAGGAGAAGCAGAUUAGGAUCUCAGAAAUUAGCAAUUACUCCUGCUGUCAGAAAGCAGCCUGAAAUCCAUCUCCCUGAAGAGCCUUGGGAUAGUCGGUCUCCCAAACUGGAUGGAACUCCCAAGGUGGAUGGAACGUCAAGGAAGCAAACUUCAUCUUCUGUAUUAGAAAGAAGGAAAAUGCAGGAAACACCCAGGAACAGUGGUAAGAAGAGUCAAAUUCCUGUGCAAUUGGAUUUGGGUGGCAUGCUUGCAGUUUUGGAGCAGAAGCAGCAAACAGAGAAGUCAAAACAGUCUUCUAAACCUGUGGUGUUUUCAGUUGGUGGUGCUAUCCCAUUGCUUUCUAAAGAACCUGCUGCAGCCACAAAAAGUCACCGGUUAAACCAAGGAAAGAUGCCUCAUAACCCUUUGGAUUCCAGCGCUCCUUUGGUAAAGAAAGGAAAACAGAGGGAAGUCCCUAAAGCAAAGAGACCAACAGCUCUUAAAAAGAUUAUUCUGAAAGAAAGAGAACAACGAAAGCAGCAACACCUCUUAGAACAGACAGCAGUAUCAAAAGAUGAAGAUAAUAUUUGUCAGUCUGCAGAAAAUACUACUGAAGAUGAAACAUUUCUACAGGACGGUCAAGCAGCUGCUCCUGUAACACAAGUUGCUGAAGGGUUUCCGGAGGACACAGGGAAAAGGGAAUUCACAGAAGGUUCCAUGAUUUCCAAGCAGCUAACCCCCAAUCUUCCAAAAAUCCACAGUAGGAAUUUUAGAGAUUAUUGCAGCCAGGUACUUAGUAAAGAAGUUGACAGCUGUGUGACAGAUCUUUUAAAAGAACUGGUUCGAUUCCAAGAUCGCUUGUAUCAGAAGGACCCUGUGAAGGCCAAGAUAAAACGCAGGCUUGUUAUGGGUCUUAGAGAAGUUUUGAAACACCUGAAGCUGAAAAAACUGAAAUGUGUCAUCAUCUCUCCUAACUGUGAAAAGAUUCAGUCAAAGGGUGGGUUGGAUGAGACUCUACACAACAUUAUUGACUGUGCCUGUGAACAGAAUAUUCCAUUUGUUUUUGCCCUUAAUCGCAAGGCCCUGGGCCGCUGUGUAAACAAGGCAGUGCCUGUGAGUGUGGUGGGAAUUUUUAGUUAUGAUGGUGCUCAGGAUCAUUUUCAUAGAAUGGUACAACUGACAACAGAGGCCAGGAAGGCCUACAAGGAUAUGAUAACAGCUUUAGAGGAAGAAGCUGAAGGAAAACUAAGAGAAACCCAGUCCACCAUCUUAGCUACUGACUUCGGAAAAGAUGGUUUAUCAGAAGUGGGUAAAACAUUUUCCAAGGACUCUGAUGAGGAUGUACCAAAUUAUAGUGGAGAGGCUCGUGUCAAUGUCACUUCCUUCCAGUCAGCAAGAAAUUAAUUUGCUUGGGCAAGCAGCUUUAUUGAAAGGAAUUAAGGAAGGCAGUGAUGACAAAGUUCCCAGUUAAUUCUCCGCUGUGUGAUAGUUUGUUCUUCUGAGAUCAUGCAGCAGUUGAAAAGGAGAGAAGACCUCCAAGGUGUGAAAUUCUUCAAGUGAAAAUGAUCUGUUUAUAAAAUUGGUAAAGCUUAUAUAUGUGUACAAUUAUGGUGUUUCUGCUGCUUCUGACACUAGUUUCUCACAGGUCCCGCUUCGAAGUUAGAGGGGAUAUUGAAGGACAGCAAAUGUGCUGUCCUAUUUGUACCUUCUCUGUGCUGACAGACUCCUCAUUCCUUCCGUUUUGGGGUUGUGUUGGUGAAUGUAUGUAAGAGUUUUUGAUUAAAAUCUCAGUUUGUAUCUAAGGUAGGAAAAAUUUAUAUGUUACAGGAAAUAUGUCCUACAGAUAAUAAAAUUCAUAUCUUACAGGAAAUAAAUUUUUUUAAAACAAAUUGUGCUCAUAAUCAUGGUCAAGUACCAUAGUGGGAAUAUCCUUUUUAAAAACUGUUGUUAAGAUUCUGAAGACAUAACAGGUAAAGCCCAAAAAGUACUUGGAGGAUGCACAUGUAGCUUAUCAGCUGUUCUGAAGGAUGGUAAAGAUACCACAUGCUUCUUCCAGCAUUUCUGAAGUGUAUCUGUAAGUGCUUCACAUAUUGAGUAUUCGUAGUGUAAAACUUUGGAAGGUAGCUGCCAUGUGAAGUUAGAAGUGAUAUGAAAACAUUAAAUAGUUUUGAAAUCCA